UUUUGAGGGGGAUUUAUUUAAGGUGCUGGCAACAUAGAGGAAGUUGGAGGCAAAGUCUGAGGUCAUUGUUCAGUCAUGGCGGAGUGCAAGAAAGGAACCCACGGUGAGUGUGCAAAGAAGUGUGCCUCACAUGAACUGACGAUUCAUGAUGAUGUUAAGGAUUACUAUGGGAAGAGGGUGAAAAAGACCUCAGACCUGAAGACCAAUGCUUGCGUUGCUCCGGCCAAACCCAUUCCAGCCUUCAUUCGCAAGGCCCUGGCAGAUGUGCAUCCGGAUGUUACCGACAAGUACUACGGUUGUGGCCUGGUGGUUCCGGACUGCCUGGAGGGGUGCAGGGUCCUGGACCUGGGCUCAGGCAGUGGACGGGACGUCUACAUGCUGAGCAAGCUGGUGGGAGAGAAGGGCCACGUCACGGGAGUGGACAUGACGGAGGAGCAGCUUGAAGUGGCCCGGAAGUACAUUGAGCACCACACUCAGAAAUUUGGGUUCAGCAAGCCAAAUGUGGAUUUUAUUCAAGGAUACAUUGAGGGCCUGGAAGAGGCAGGACUGAAAGAAAAUUCCUUUGACAUUAUAAUCUCAAACUGCGUGGUGAAUCUGUCUCCAGACAAGACGCGUGUGCUAAAGGAGGCUUUCCGUGUGCUCAAGGAUGGAGGGGAGCUGUAUUUCAGCGACAUUUACAGCAACUGCAGGCUCCCAGAAGAGAUCACGUCUCACAAAAUCCUGUGGGGUGAGUGUUUUGGCGGGGCUCUGUGCUGGGAGGACCUUGUGAGGUUAGCUGAGGAGGUGGGGUUCUGCUCCCCUCGACUGGUCACCGCCAAGACGGUCUCCGUGGGCAACGAGGAGCUGGAGCGCGUCAUCGGUGACUACAAGUUCGUCUCUGCGACUUACCGUCUCUUCAAGAUACCAAAAAACGCCGUGAAAAAGAGCUGCCGCCUCACGUACGAUGGAAAUAUCACUGGAGCUGAGAAGGCCUUGGAGUUUGACUGUCACUAUACAUUUAAGGUGAAUGAGGUGGUGGAGGUGGACGGAGAGGUGGCCCGCAUCCUUAAGAGUUCCAGGUUUGCAGAAGAGUUCACCUUUCAGCCGGACGCACAGACUGGACCCUGCUGUGCUGCAGGGAAGGUGUGCCCCGUGAACCCUUUUGAACUCGCUGAGCAGGUCAAAAGUGGUGAUACACCUUCGGCCACCGGGGGGUGCUGUGGAGCAAAGCAGUCCUGCGGAUAGUGAGGAGAUUUCACCACAAAACAAGAACAAGAGGAAAACAUUUCUGCCUAUCAUGAUGCACUAAUCAGACUAGCAAAUGUGUCUAUAUUGAAGAAUGUGUUUUAUUAAGAAUACAAAUAUUGCUUGUGACCAUGAUGAAAAGUGAAAUGAUGAUAUGAAAAGCUGAGUUUACCUGAUGAAGAUCCUGAACUGAUUUUUAUAAUACAUGCAAACCGAAAAGCCUUUAUUAGGAAGCUCUUCAUUUGUUUUGAUUUAAUUCUGAAAUCCUGUUCCGCUAAUUUAGAUAUGAUAAGUCAGUUAAACACGCCUAUAACAGUCAUAUUGAAUCAUUGUUAAUCGUUAUAGUUUAGAAGAUCUCAAACCUUUUGUAAUGAAGACGACGCGCUGAUGCCACGCUUCACACUGCUUGCGAUUAAAUACUGUAUGUGGAUCGCA